AUGAGUGAUAUUGAUGAUUUUAUUUCAGAUGAUGAAGAUCAACAUAAAAAUGUUUUGAUCACUUCCAAAAAAAGCAAAUCAAUUAAAUCAUUUGAUUCCGAUGAUGAAGAUAUACAGGUUGAUGAUGAUAUAGAGAAUGAAGAUCAGAAGGAAGAUGGCAAUGCAGAUGAUACUGAAAAUGGUAAUGAGAAUGAUAGCAAAAAAGACCUACCUAAGGAAACAAAGCUAUCAAAGAUUGACCGUUUAGCCAAACUAAGGUCCAACAAAAAGAAAAAACACAAGACAGGUGUCAUAUAUUUCUCAUCCAUCCCUCCAUAUAUGAAACCAGCAAAGAUGAGACAAAUUUUGACAAGAUUCGGUGAAAUAGAUAGAUUAUAUUUGAAACGUGAAGAUGACCAAAGAUAUAAAUCUAGAAUUAAAUCGGGUGGUAAUAAAAAAGUGAAGUAUGAUGAAGGUUGGGCUGAAUUUAUAAGGAAAAGAGAUGCCAAAUUGUGUGCAAUGACUUUGAAUGGAAAUAUUAUUGGAGGUAAGAAAGGUUCAUUCUAUCAUGAUGACAUUUUAAACGUCAAAUAUUUGCCAGGUUUUAAGUGGGCAGAUUUGACAGAACAAAUAACAAGAGAAAACGAUAUUAUACAAGCAAAGAUGGAAUUAGAAAUGGCUCGUGCGACAAAGAUAAAUUCAGACUUUAUUAGAAAUGUGGAAAAAAGUAAGAUGUUACAAAAUAUUAAAUCUGCAAAACUAAAGAAAAAUCUAAAAGAAGACACAACGGAUGAUAGUAUGACGAGAAGAGAUAUAAAACAAAACAAGGUAGCCACCAAUAGAGCUGCAGCUCCAGAACAUAUCAAAAAUAAAGGUACGUCAGAAGAAAUGGAUGGAGUUUUAUCAAAUCUUUUAUAG